AAUACCAAGGGCAACCAAUACAUUAAAUUAAGACCAAAUUGCCAUUUUGAUAAAGUUGUAAGUCGGAUGACAAAGUAGUUUUAUAAUAAUGUUUGGAUUAUCAAGACAUUUUCGAACAAUUGUUGGACGUACUAGUUAUUUACGAACAUUUUCAUCCACGCCACGAGUAUUAACAGUUUAUGCAAAUGACAAAUUGUCUGUAAAAUCGCCCUGUGACACGACUAUGCAUUUCUGGCUUGUUGGUCAGAGACUGGUUUUGCCACAUGAGCGAUGUUACAGUUCCAAGCCACCAUUGUCUUUAAAACUAAUCACGGACCGAGUUCUGUUGGUUUUAAAAUUGUAUGACAAAAUUCACCCUGAGAAGCUUACCUUGGAUUCACAUUUUAUAAAUGAUUUGGGCCUAGAUUCAUUAGAUCACGUUGAAGUUAUCAUGGCUAUGGAGGAUGAAUUUGGUUUUGAAAUACCAGAUGGGGAUGCAGAAAAGCUUUUAAAACCUGCUGAUAUAGUCCGAUACGUUGCAGAUAAGGAAGAUGUUUAUGAAUAAAUUUUUCCUUAUUAGAUGAUAAGAUAUAAGUCAUAAAAUAGGUUCGUUCAAAUGUUGCUGUACUUGUUUUGUUAAUAAAUUUUUUGUGGUG